GCUGCCGGGCUGAGGCGCAGGUUGCUCGGCCGCGCUCCGACCCCUCCUGAGGCCAGCCGGGUGGAGAGGGGUGGCAAGGCAUCCUCUGGUCAGGGACAUUGGUUUCUCAGAGAAGCAGGUGGAUGUGAACAGUGAAUAAGACUGUUCUUUGCUUCCUGUCAAGCCAAGUGUGCUGCUGAAUAACUUGAGUUAUGGAUGUGUAUACAAGCUAAAUCCUGUGGUCUUAUCUCAUUCAUACACCCUCACAGCUGACUUAGAAGAGGACCAGUGUGAAAACAGUGAAGUCAAGAAUAUGAAGCUAUUGACUCUUAUAUUUAAACUCUGGUGUGAAGACAGAGACCAUAAUUUUCUCAUGGUCUCUCCAGCAGUGCUGAAGAACAUUUCACAAAAAUUCCAAUUCAGGCAAAAUUCCUGCUCUGAUGUAAUCUUGCAGUAUCUCAUGGAACUUUGCCAGGAAGUUUCACAGGUGUGAGAAGAAAACAAGAAUCAUGGAAGGUCAUAAAUACAACUAUCCAAGAGAAUUUUAUGAUCAAUAUGCUCAAAGCCAAGAAAAAUCUGUUGUCAAUAAAAUGCAACAGAAAUACUGGAAAACAAAACAAACCCUUAUAAAAGUUACAGGAAAAAAGGAAGAUGAACAUGUUGUGGCUUCAGAUGCAGAUCUGGAUGCAAAACUAGAGCUGUUCCAUUCUAUUCAGAGAACAUGUAUGGAGUUGCUGAAAGCAAUUGAACUGUAUCAAAAAAGGAUUUGUUUUCUGUCUCAGGAAGAAAAUGAAUUGGGGAAAUUUCUUCGAUCACAGGGUUCUCAGGAUAAAACAAGAGCAGGAAAAAUGAUGCAAGCUACAGGAAAGGCCCUCUGCUUUUCUUCUCAGCAAAGAUUAGCACUCCGUACUCCUCUCAGUAGAUUGUAUCAAGAAGUGGAGACUUUCAGGUACAGGGCCAUCUCAGACACGUGGCUGACAGUGAACAGAAUGGAGCAGUAUCGGACUGAAUACAGAGGAGCUCUACUCUGGAUGAAAGAUGUGUCUCAGGAGCUGGAUCCAGAUCUCUAUAAGCAGAUGGAAAAGUUCAGGAAGGUUCAAGCACAAGUACGACAUGCAAAACUCAACUUCGACAAACUGAAGACUGAUGUCUGUCAAAAAGUGGAUCUUCUGGGAGCAAGCAGAUGCAACCUCCUUUCUCAUGUGUUAACAACAUAUCAGACAACACUGCUUCAUUUUUGGGAAAAAACUUCACACACGAUGGCAGCCAUCCAUGAAAGUUUCAAAGGUUAUCAGCCAUAUGAAUUCACUAUGUUAAAGAGCUUGCAAGAUCCUGUGAAUAAACUAACAGAAAAAGCAGAAAAGGACGACCAGCAGAUUGGGAGCACCAAUUCAGCAGAAGAUCAGCAGAGUCAGUUGAUUUCAUUAGAUGAGGAGAGCCAUACCAAGGAAUCAAACUAUUCAGCUGAUGAUGGCAAGGAUGUCAUCUCCACGUUACAAGGACAUUGUAACCACGAGCAGAACUCAGGUGCUAUAGAUGAGUUAUUAGACCUGCAACCUGAAGAAAAUGGCCCUGUCAGGGAGUACAGAGGUAUACCAAAAUCUUCAAAGGAAAAGUUUGUGAGAUCCUUGGAGCCAGAACCUGGUGAUAAGGAUGACAUGGUAUUACUAAAUGAGAUCCUCAACGCCUCAUCUUUGGAUGAGGGGGAAUUUAGCAAAGAGUGGACAGCUGUUUUUGGACAGGCUGCUGAUCUCACCAUGAACUCUUCAGCUAGAGAUGGGGAGAACACUUCAUCAUCUGCAGUACCAGCACCAUCAGGCUACUUGCCCUCACAGCUGCUAGACCAAAACAUGAAUGACUUGCAGUCAUCUUUACACGGAUGGGCAGCCAGCAGUGUGAGCCCACCGUCAAUACCACAGCCAGCACAGAAACCACACAGCCUGAAUGUGAACGAUGACAAGACACCUGUGAAAGAAUCUACAAAGAAUCCUAAAGACUUGACUGCUUGGUUCAGUCUCUUUGCUGACCUUGACCCAUUAUCCAAUCCUGAUGCUGUUGGGAAAACUGAUAAAGAACAUGAAUUGCUUAAUGCAUGAGUCAGCUGCCUCUGGUAACUCACAUUCUUCCCUUCAUCAACACUAUUUUGGAGUUUAAAAAAAACUAAAUGAAAAUUAGUAUGCUGUUGUGAAAUUAUAAUGUGCCAUGAUAAUAAAACUAAAGGGAAUGAAUCCCCUUUUCUAUAGGUACAGUUAUUUGCUCUUGUUUUGUAUAAAGAGUUCGCAUUUAUUUUCUAUGUGGACUUACAAAAAUGAGGUUAAGAAUUAGGGCAGAUUUCUUGCCAAAUUAGAUUGUCUGCUGCAACACUGUCUUUGCCUGGGGUGAUGUGGAGCUAACACCGGAGUGAAAUACAAAUUGGAAACCUAUUUUUUUAUAAUGUUUCUUGAGUAAAUUUAAAAAAAAAUCAUGUAACUGAAGAGGCUGCAUGAGUCAAACAUCUAUCAUGUAUAUAAUAUAUCUAUUACUGCUAUGUUGAGAUGUCAACUAAAUUUGUUUUGUUAGUACUCACAGUUGAAAAACCUGUGCUGGAGCUAAUUAUUGAAGAAGUAAAUUUGGGUCUGUGCAGCCAUCAAAAUUGUGCCCUUUCCAAUCUAACUUCUUUGACAAACUGCACUACAUAAAGAGAAGUCAUGCCCAGGAGGCUUUUUUUUCUGAGUUUUUUCUCCAUUGUACCAACAGAAUUUGCACCUGUUUGCAGAAGUUUCUUGGAACUGAUGCUUUACCAUGCCUUCAAUCCAUCUCUGUUUCUGUUCUGAGAAUUUUUCAUCCAGUUUAUUUCUGAAGCAUGUGUUAUUUUAAGCUUGUUGUGACAUUAACUCUUUAAUAAAAUGAUUUUGACAAAAACCACAA